GAUACACUUGCAGACGCGGAAACGGGAAUCAGAAACCCUCAGUGGCCGUCACUCUCUGAACCGACAGGACGAAGGGAGAGAAAAGAUGCUUACGUGCGUCCCUACUGCGGUACAGGUCGAGGUCUUCGGAUCUGAGCUCACCUCGACUAUGCUCAUCUCAACCUGAACUCCUCGCGUCGGCAUGAUCUCUAUCGAACUCGCUCAUCAAGAAAUCUUGUUUUAGAUUCAGGUCAACUUUAUGGCUUUGGCCAUCUUCUCUGGAAAACAUACGUUAAGUCGCCGCAUUUCAUGCUGCAGGAUACAGAGAGCAGAAGUGUUCAUACAACUACACCACAUCUUCGCAGAUGCUCGUAUUGCUGAUUUCAAGUUUAAACAAACGAUACAAUCCAAAUGGAAGGAACCGAUUGGCCACGAGAGGAUGAGGCCUGCGAGGAGAGCCGACCAUCCCGUGUUUUCCUUCCGAUGGCCGAGAUUUUGUGUUUGUGUUGCAUGGCUGUGGUUUGUCCGCACGCUUUGCUGCUCCUUUAAAUGAGAUAGCUCCCUGGAGCAAGCAUGUUUCUCUGCCGCAAUCACCAGAGUUCUGUUCCCUCAGGUUUAACGGUAAUGGCCACCAUCAUCGCCGCCGUGCCAACUCCCACCAUUAUAAGCGCUGCCGUGCCCAAGGGCACUGUUGGACUCUCACCGUCGGUCCUCGGUCUGCCUCGGAUUAGGACGGGACGUGGAAGGGUGAGGUGCUCGUCGGAGGCGAAGCCAGUCCCCUUCUCCGGCGCGGGAAUGGGUGCGGCGCUCCUCUCCGCAGCAUGCGUCAUGGGGGCGUCGAGCCCGGUGCUGGCCCUGGUGGAUGAGAGGAUGAGCACAGAAGGGACUGGCUUGAGCUUGGGCAUCAGCAACAACCUUCUGACGUGGAUCCUCGUCGGCGUCUUUGCCCUCAUUUGGGCGCUCUACUUCGUCUACACCUCCACUCUCGAGGAGGACGAUGAGUCUGGGUUGUCCCUUUAAGCUCUCAACCGCAGAGACUGCCGUAGAAAUGAAAGCAUGGUUGCUUCAAAGACUGGUGCCAUAUUUAGUUCCUGUA